AUGGAUGAGAAUACUGUUAUAGACUACGAUUUGCUGAAAAAAGCCAAUCCGUUGCUUUUCACUCAGGAAAGGUACGAUGAAUACCCAUUAAAUCCAAUAGAAUUGGCCCAACAUCUAAGUACAAACAAGAACCAAACUUCCUCGACGGAUUUAGUCAACAGAAACAGACCAUACACAGAUGUAGAUACGCUCGACUACUUGUUCUACAUGGAUGAUACAAUAGAAGAAAUCGAUCUCGAGAAGAAACUCGCUUGCGAAUUCGCAAUCUUUCAAACCUCUCUUUACAGUAAGCAAAAUUCAAAGGAUACCACUGUGACAAUGGAUAAAUUGUUGAAUUUAGAAAUAGGUUCAGAUGAAUGGUGUAAGCAAAUGAUUGCUCUUUUAAACUCAAUCAAUGGGACAAAUUUAAGCGUGUCACGUCUAAAACAUUUCACGAAAAACCAUAAUGAUGAUAUGGAAAAUAAUAGUAAUGAAAAAGAUGAUUCUACAUCAUUUAAGAAUGAUCAGAUGGAAAUAAUACAAGAAAUAACGUCAUACCUUCUAUCAAAUUCGAUUAAAAAUGGUAUAGAAUUGAAGCCAAAUAUUACUGACGUUGAUGAUCCGUUAAAAUUUUUGAAAAGUAAUAUCGAUUCAUUAUUGGAGGUAAGUAAAUCAAACACAAUUGUCAAAAAUCAUGCUGAUACAAAUAAUAAAGUUGAUGAAAUUAAUACAGCUUUUGAAGAUUUGAAAUUGGCUCAUAAUUUCCUAACUAAACAGUACGAACAUGACAGAUCAGAACAUUCAAAGGAUGUCGAAAAGCUAAACAGAACAAAUAAGGAAUUACAAGAAAAACUAUUACAAUAUCAUUCGUUAUUGACUAAAAAUGAAAAUAAUACUGAUAACACUCGAAGUACGUCAAACUCAGAUUUAUGGAACCAAAAUAUACUUAAUUCACCAGAUCUGAAUAGCAGUAACCAUACAAGUCCUAACGGCUCAUAUUCUCUUUCAAUAAUGAGAAAUGAAUUUAAAAGACUUCUUAUGGACACACAAAGAAAAUAUGAAACUGAACUUGAAAAUGAGCGUAAGUUCAGGAUUGAAUUGGAAAAAAAAUUGGACUCUUUGGAAAUUUAA